GUAUAAAUAUUUUAUAAUCAUUGAUUAACUAUCUGUAGGCUAUGUUUCAGGGCGAGUUAUACAAGAAGACCUUCCCUAAAUCCCGGGUCCCGGCCUAUUUCCACGUGCCAUACAUAGAGGCAGGGUACCGCUAUAUUCACGAGCCAUGGACAUACUACCUCUACAGCGUCUUCUACAAGAACAUGGAGACUCUCAAUGUCUGGACGCAUGUCGUGGGCACGCUUCUGAUGAUGUCACGUCUGUACCAAAUAUGUGUCAACUUUGACCUUGGUGACCCCUACACGUGGCCCCUUUUAGCAACAGUUCUCUCUUUUACGGUCAUGUUCAUCACCAGUAGUACCGCGCACAUGUUUUCUCACAAAUCUAUGCAAGUGAACUGUUGUUUGUUUAUGGCAGAUUAUGCAUGUAUCGGUCUCUUUGGAUACGGCUCCAUACUUACCCACUACUAUUAUUCUUUGGAUCAGUGUUUCUUGGAGUCGGUUCUUCUGAGGAACGUGUUUUACUUCGGUUCAGUACUUGCUAUACUAAGUACCGCCUUUGGAUCGAUGUCCAAAGCUAAACUUCAUGAACUUAAUUCGACAGCCUUAACAGUUUCGGGUCCAGGUGCAAUAUAUCUUUUGUCCAACAUUCCAAUUCUCCAUAGAAUCUGGAACUACGAGUGGACGGACGGGAUCGCUCACCAUCUUAAACAAAUGGCCAGUAUGAUUGGCGUCUGUUUCUUCUACUCUACAAAACUCCCAGAACGUCUCUCACCGGGGACUUUUGACUUCAUAGGAAACAGCCACCAAAUCUUUCAUAUCCUGUUCGUCUUGUGUACUCAGAAUCACUUGGAUGGUGUCAUCUGGGACAUCAACUUCCGGCAGACGUUCGUAGUCCGUCGGCCUCCACCGUCCCUUUGGAACAUUUUUGGAAUCAUUGCUCUUAUCUGUUUGGCAGACAUACUGACUAUGAAAUAUUUUUAUUCUAGUUUUAAAAAGAGAUGUUUGAAGAAAGAUACAAAUUCUAAUGAACUUAAGGCGAAAACCAAUGGCUAAGCCAACAAACAAUACUGGAGUUGGGUGUCCGACCGAUUGAGCACUAUAUUUU